GUUGGAGGUGUGUUGGCAGCUUGAGUGGAACAGAAAGUGGGAGCUGCAGCAAAGUGAGAGCAGCAGACAGACGAGCUACACAGGUCACUCUUCAGUCUCCGUGUGAGUCAACAGCCUCAACAUGACCUCUGACCCCAGAAGCCUACGAGCUCCUGCUCAAUCCAGGAGUCUCUUCAACAGCAUCAAGUUCUUUGUGUUUUGCCACAGUUUGCUGCAGCUGGCCCAGCUUUUGGUGUCAGGCUACAUGAAGAGCUCCAUCUCCACCAUCGAGAGGCGCUAUGGCCUAUCCAGCCAGAAGUCUGGGCUCCUGGCCUCCUUCAACGAGGUGGGAAACACCAUCCUCAUCAUCUUUGUGAGCUUCUUUGGGAGUCGAGUCCAUCGGCCACGGUACAUCGGAGCUGGAGCUCUGCUCGCUUGCCUGGCCUCUCUGCUGAUGGGGGUAACGCACUUUAUGAGUGAACCGUACCACUACACAAAGAGCAUCAUUGCCUCCAAUGAAAAAAGUGCCAACCUCUGCCAAUCAGAAAGCUCAGUAACCACCUCAUCCUACAAUCAGACCUGCCUGAAACAGGAGACCCCUGCCCAGCAGGGGAUCUACCCCAUGCUGCUCCUGGGUCAGCUGCUGUUGGGCGUCGGAGCUGUCCCCAUCCAACCCUUUGGCAUCUCCUACAUCGACGACUACGCCAGCAAAAAGAAUUCCCCGCUCUACCUUGGCAUCCUCCUUGCUAUGACCUCGAUUGGCCCAGCCUUCGGAUUCAUCACUGGGGCCCUCAUGCUGCGCGUCUAUGUUGACUUUGACAAGGUACCCAAAGAGGAGAUCGAGUUUGACACUAAAGACCUGCGCUGGGUGGGAGCAUGGUGGCUUGGUUUCCUGGUAGCCUCAUGCAUCCUCUUUCUCACUGCGCUGCCUUACCUCUUCUUCCCCAGAAACAUGCCCAAAGAGGAAGAUCCAGAAGACAUUGACCCCCAACCAGACACUAAGGAGCAGCAGCAGCAGACAGACACACGACAGGAACCUACCCUCAUUCAGUUCCUCAAAAGUUUUCCUAAAAUCGCUCUGCGAACGCUGCGAAAUCCCAUCUACCUGCUGGUGGUUCUGGCUCUGGUGAACUUGUCAGCUCUGCUGUCCGGCCUCGCCACCUUUAUGGCCAAGUUCAUUGAGAAACAGUUCAGCCAGAGUGCCUCUUUCUCCACCAUGAUGAUAGGAGGAGUCGGGAUCCCAAUGGCGGUACUGGGGACCGUCCUGGGUGGAGCUCUGAUGCGACGGUUCAGUCUUUCAGUCAAUGGCGCCAGCAAAUUGUGCACAAUAGCCAUCCUUCUCUGCAUGCUGACAGCCCUACCAAUGCUGUUCCUCGGCUGUCCCACACAGAACAUUGCUGGGGUCUCUAACAACAGCUAUGAUUUGUUGCAGUGCAGUUCUAGCUGUCACUGUUCUGAGGAGGCGUUUAACCCGGUCUGUGGUUCAGACGGCAUGGAGUUCAGGUCUCCUUGCCAUGCUGGCUGUCAGUCUGUAGAAACAGACAACUUCAGCAAAGUCGUGAACUACACUGAGUGCCGGUGUGUCAGUGGUCUCGGCUUCGCCCUACCUCGGAGCUGUGGCAGUGGGUGUGAGCAUCUCCUCCUACCCUUCGUGGUCCUGUUGGGUCUCACUGCCUUCAUCGCCGCCUUUUCCCAGACACCAUCAUGCAUGAUGAUACUCAGGGAGGUACCUCCAGAAGAUAAGUCUUUUGCGGUGGGAGUUCAGUACAUGCUGUUCAGAGUCCUCGCAUUCAUGCCCGGUCCAGUGUUGUACGGUAGUGUCAUCGACACCACCUGCAUCUUAUGGGGCAAGAAAUGUGGCAAGCAGACCUCCUGUCAAUACUACGACCUAGAGCGCUUCAGAAGCAGGUUUCUGGGACUGCAGGUGGUCUUUGUGUGUGGGGGGUUGCUCUGCUACCUGCUGACAAUCGUUGUCCUGCGGAAAAGAGACAGGUAUCAGGAAAGUGAUUACCAGAUGGUGAACCAGAAAAUAUCAGAGAAUGCCAAAGAAAAAGAACUGAUGACAUGAAGAGGAUUCUGAGAAAACACUUUUCAUUGAGACUGCAUAGGUAGCUUUUUUCUAUGCUGGCUGAAAGGACGCUGCCACUAAGCAGUGAAUUACUCAGUGUGGUGGAUGCUUCACUUAUAACGGAGCAAUGUGCCUGCAUUAUAAGGCAAAAAUAUCUUUUAUCACUGUUUUGUUUAUACAUCAUGGCUAACAUUUCAGAGUGGUUUUCUUGUUUUUAGAUUGAACUUCUUAAUGUGACUGACAGUAUAUACUUGUGUAAAGUUUCACUUAUGAUGUUUAGUUUUUGGCCAUCGAGCAGUAUAUCAGUCCCAAACUGCCAAAACGAAUAACCUGAGUAACACGGAACUCUGUUUUUCAAGAUUUUUUGUAUUUGUCUUUGAUGAAGUCAUAAACUGCAUAAAAAGAUCGCCCUAACUACUGUGACGUCACCCCUCACAUUUUGACUAUCCAACUUUAGUGUUUUGGCUUCCCCCAUGUUGGGUUUUUGUAGCCAGAAGUGAGGAUACACAUAAUAUAUGCAAUCAUAUACUUAAGCACAUCUAUAUAUAUAUAGCAUACAGUAAAUGAUCAAAAUAUGAUGUUGUCUUGCUAUAGAAAUUUAGUUAAAGUAACACUUGCCUGACAUGGAAAUAAUGAAAAAAUAUCAUGUUACUGGCAGACACAUGAGUUGCCAUUGGCAACAUGUAAUGAUAUGUUUAGCACUACACUGUGGGACGCCACUGUACCAAAUUCCACUUCUUCUGCAUGUAUAAUAUUUCCUGUUUUGAUGACUAUAUAUAAAUUAGGUGGAAGAUUGUGCUGCAGAAUUACAAAUCAGUCUCUUUCCAGCUGCUUCUGUAAUUACAGAGUCAGCCAGACUCAAGUGGCCAUUAGAGAAAAUGAAAUGAAGCCAGCAAUGAAGUGCAAAAAAACUGAGUACUUGGACAGUGGCCUUAUUUUCCAGCAUCUGAGAAUGGACCUUGGUUUAAACACAGAAACAAAGGAACAAACACUUCUCAGCAUAAUAACAUUGAGCUAACAAUUUGAGAUGAGCUCAUGUCCUGUAAAUGCAAACAGACAUCUAAAUGCACAUUUCACAACCAACAAGCUCUGUGAAAAAAAGGUUUAUCUUCUUUAUUGAAUAAUCAGUAAGAUGACUUAUUUAAUCAAAUCCAUAAAUGUUUACCAAUAUGUCAAAGAACUUUUAGUCCAAGCAGAAAUUUUCCAUGUUAGCAUAAGGUCAGACGGGAAGCUCAUAAUCUGUAGUUUUAGUUAUAGCAAGACUGCAGUGUGGAAUGAAGAUCAUCUGGAUUUAGUCAGCGUCCUUUCACUAAGAGAAAGAGAAUGUUCGCGUUAAUGUUCACAUUAUUGUGAACAUCAGUUUCCAGUUUCUUCACACAUAUCACUGCUUAACAAACACUUAGCGAGUAGCUGCAGAGUGUUUGCAAACAAGUCGGCACCUUUCAUAGAAAUUUCAUACAACCCUUGCUACUGCAAGGAACUUUUUACUACAGCACACUACACCUGUUUGUGAAAAAUUUCACUGAUUGCUAGCAAACUCCAGCAAUGAAUCACAGCCAACCGGUGGUUGCCAGGCAGUUGCCAAGCAGUCUUUAGGCCUGUGGGACUGGGGUGAAGUAAGUUACUGACACCUUCAGGUGCUGCUUAAAAAUACUCACAUUGUAAAAGUGGACCUUUGCAGUAUAUGUGCACCAGCCUGAUAUACAAAAAAUUGUCUCGCUAAACAUGCUUUACUUAACCAUUAAGAACACAGCCUUGGUUAAAAUAGUGGCUUACAAAAAGCAAAGGCAUAAAAAGGAAAAUUAAACAUUAAAAGAACAGCAAACUUCCAAAAACGUGUCAAUAGACCCAUUGGUAAAAUGGUGCCUCUGGUGGUGGAAGGCUUAGUUACAUUUUUUAAAUGUAAUUAUCAAAAGUACCUGUACCUGUAAACUCUCUAAUAAUGAGCUCAGUGUACUCACAGUGAUCCCUGUGACCCUAACACUCCGGCUGUACACUGCUCUAAAUACUCACUUUAUCACAGUUUUUUCUACUCUUGGAUCUGUGUGACAUCGCCAUUAGGCGAUAUCCCUAACAUGGUCAUCUCAGGCACUUAAGCUCCGCCUACCUGCUAGUCAAACUUUCUGUUUACAAGGAGCAGUUGAAGGUGUCUUAAAGGGGGAGGAGCUAAAACAGCUCAGUAAGGUGGCUGCACGACAACCUAGUAUGAGACAACUAAAGUUUAUUUUGAACUGUGAAUCAUGCACACAAUUGGAAUACAGUUGUUACCUCUGACAGAUCAAUGUGAUUGUGGUCUUAAAGAUAAUACAUCUGCAAAAGCAUCGCUAUAGGAAGAAGUUUCAGGUGUGAAAAAUGUGGUCAUUAUAUCAUUUCCUGCACGUCAGUUAAAUGACUUCCAGCACAGAUUCCUUUGAAUCUCAUGUUCACUUUUACUUUCACAUUUAAAUAUGUCGAAAGAAUUCUUAUUUCAACAUCACACUAACGAGGAAGCCAUCAGCUUUCAUCACUGACCUCCUGCUGAAUAUUUUUAGUGUGCCAUCAUUUUUACUGGAAAUGAAAGAGAAACAUCCCUCUGUAAAGUGAAUGUAUUUAUGCUGUGAUCUUGAAGAGAGAAAGCAGCUAGGCCAGCUUAUUUCUGACAGAGGGUGGACUGAGGGCUGAACCAGAGCCCAGGAUGAGGCGAAUAACAGUUAUUGUCAACUGUGAACCAUGCAAUGCUACUCUAGUGGAGCUCAAGAAAAAAGAUAUGGAGCCAUAUUGAGCAGAAAAGGUUUUCUAUAUGGGGGAACUACAACUUUACCAGAACACUGUGACAGGAUUCUGGAGUCACGAAAAGACUUCAAAGAGAUCAAAGAAGGGAAACUAAAAAUGACGGAGGGAUGGCAAACAAACAGAAAGUACAAAAAGGCGCCACACCACUAUUUUUAUAUGAAAAUGUUUGUGAGAGUGUUUUUAACAUGUGAAUUCAUGAGCUUAAUUCUUCCGGCACAAACGGAUCCCGUGGACAUUUUCCCAGUUUUGAUGAAUUUAAUCCCGUGAGAUGUCUUCAGUGUUUUGUCACUUUUUUAUAAACUGUUUUCUACAAGUUUGAUAAAAUGAUAUUGUGCUGAAUGUUUAAGUGUUUGUAUGAUAACCUUUCAUGCUCGAAACGUUGUUCUGUAAAUAUUUAUAUCCAAUUGAACAGUGAAUAAAGGACACUUUAUUAUAAAAAAUAUAUGAAAUAUAUAACAUUUUAGAAUAAAGUGGAGCAGUAUAACUAAAGCACUAAUCGAAAUGUGAUGGACAAAAUAUCAUAUCAUAAAAUAUAAUCAAAAUUCAUAAUUUUCUUUUGUAUGUUUUUCAAUAAAACUAAUUGACACAUUUAAUGUUGAAUAAUUUCUUGCUUGCUCAGCUUAUAAAGUGUUUAUUUUUCCACAUGAUUUGUGCACAUGUCUACAUUGUUUACUGCUUUUUGUUAAAAAGAUAAAUUGGCAAAUAAAAAGCA